AUGCUUCGUCGCACCGGGCUUGCAUUUUAUGUUCUCAAUAAGAAGAAAGCUCGUGCGCGUAGAAAAAAAGAAGAUGCUGAUACUGGCGCACCUGGUUCGAUGACUCCGCCGACAGAAGCUAAUUCUGAUGGAUCUAGUUCGUUGCCGACAGAAACUAAUGACGGUGGAUCUACUUCGUCUCCGAUGGAAACUAAUAAUGGUGCAUCUACUUCGCGUCCGACGGCAACUAAUUCCGGUGGAUUUAGUUCGUUUCCGACAGAAGCUAAAUCUGGUGGAUCUAGUUCGUCUCCUACAGAAACAAAAUCCGGUGGAUCUAGUCCGUCUCCGACAGGAAUUAGUAAAGGCGCAUCUAGUUCAUCUCCGACAGAAACUAACAACAGUGCAUCUAGUUCGUCGACCGCGACUACUGGAAACCGCUAUGAGGUGUUCUUGAGCUUCAGAGGCCCAGAUACUCGAAAGGCCUUCGCGAGUCACCUCUACAAGGGGCUCCAUGAUGCUGGAAUUGUUACUUUCAGAGACAAAGAGGAGCUCCCCCAAGGCGAGGACAUCGGACCAGAGAUUUUAGCAGCCAUCACGAAGAGUCAGAUCCUGAUCCCCAUUUUGUCCGAGGGUUACGGUACAAGCAGCUGGUGCCUGAAUGAACUGGCUCAAAUAAUGAAGUGCAAGAAUGAUAAUGGGCAAAUGGUGUUGCCUGUAUUCUACAAAGUGAAACCAGCUGAGGUGAGAUAUCAGAGGGGAAGUUUUGGAAAAGCAUUUCAUGAGUAUGAGGAGCGUUUGCUUAAGAGGCCUUCUUUCGACCCAACGAGCUUGGAGAAAUGGAAGAAAGCACUCGGUGAAGUCAGUACCUUGAAAGGAUAUGAAGCCGAUGGAGUGUUGAGGAAACUGAAGAAAAAGUUUGAGUUGGAUAUUUCUGAGAAUUUGGUUGGAAUUGAUCGUCAUGUGGAGGAGAUUAUGGAAGUUGUGGAUACUAAAAAAUCUCAUGCCACCCUAUUUCUUGGCAUCCAUGGAAUGGGAGGCAUUGGUAAGACUACUCUUGCUAAAGCCAUCUACAACAAGCUUUCCAAUCAAUUCAAGCACCGUAGCUACAUUGCUGAUAUAAGGGAAUCAUGGAAGCGUAAUGGCGCCCUUUACUUACAGAAUCGGUUAAUCCAUGAUAUAUUGAAGCGCGAAAAUGAAGUCCAUAAUGAGGAUGAAGGGGUUAAGUACAUCUCCUCCAAGUUUAAAGGUAAAAAGGUCCUCCUUCUUCUUGACGACGUGGAUGUUGUCAUUCAAUUGAAGCAUUUGGCCGGUAAUCGUGAUUGGUUUUCUUCGGGAAGUAUGAUCAUUAUUACCACCGUAAACGUGAGGAUUCUUGAAGAAUUUGGGGUGGACUAUCCCUAUGAGCAUAAGGAAAUGGAAAACGAUCAAUCUAUGAUUCUGUUUAGCAAACAUGCAUUCCGAAGUGACUCUCCUCGAAGGGAGUUUGAGGACCUCGCCCAUGAAGUUGUAUCCAUGACUGGAGGGCUUCCCUUAUCCCUUGAGGUUUUGGGCUCAUUAUUGUGCGGAAAAGAGCUAGCAUUCUGGAGAAGUCGGAUAGACAAGUUAAAAAAAGUGCCUCAUGAGGAAGUGCAAAAAAAGUUACGAAUAAGUUAUGAAGUAUUAGAAUAUGAACAAAAGCAAAUAUUUUUGGAUAUUGCUUGUUUUUUUAUUGGUACCGAUAGAAGAAUUGCAUCCUAUAUGUGGGGCGCCUGUGGCUUUUUUCCUGGGGUGGAAAUUGAAGUAUUGAGAUACAUGUCAUUAAUAAAAAUUGAAGAUGAUCAUAAGCUUCGAAUGCAUGACCAACUGAGAGAUCUUGGUAGAGAAAUAGUUCGCGAAGAAAAGCGGCCGGAGCCUCAGAACCGUAGCAGGUUAUGGGACUUCGAGGAAGUCAAGAAAGUGCUAAAGAAAAAUAAGGGAACAGAAAAGAUUGAGGCCAUUUUUCUGAGUAAAGGCAGCUCGGAAGGCUCCGGCAAAGCAGCCGAGCAAGAUGGUGCGAUUCACACGGAAGAACAGUUUAAGAAAUUGACCGGUCUAAGGUUCCUUCACGUGAAGGGGGGCAUCUCGAGUGAGAAGCUCAAAUUUCUGGAUCUUUCCCAUUGUGAAUCCUUGGAAAACACCAACUUCCUCUCAGAUUUUAAGAACUUGGAGGUUCUGAUCCUCAAUUUUUGUGGGGGCCUGCAGCAAAUCGACUCUUCAAUCGGAGACAUGAAGGCCCUCCUCCGCUUGGAGCCGUGCUUCUAUACGAGCCUCGCGGAGCUUCCAGCAGAAAUAGGCAAAUCAAGAGCUCUGGAGCAACUCCUCCUACAGCACACUCGAGCCCUUUCUACGUUACCGGACAGCAUGGGACGUUUGCAGAAUCUAGAAACUCUCAAUAUUUCUUGGAGCGGUGUAAGAGGAUUGCCCAGCGCGAUUGGAAGGCCGAGAAAGCUCCGACAUUCUGAUGCCUCAUGUUGCAAAGAUCUGGAAGGGGAAAUGCCGGGAAGCAUAGGGUCUUUGGAGAAUCUAGAAAUUCUCAAUAUUUUCGUGGCCGGCGUAGAAGAAUUGCCCAUUGGAGCUCCAAUCUCUGUCGGACCUUCCCUCCAGCUUAACAUAUUUGGAUGUCACCGGUCGAAGUCGCAGAUUGCCUUCGCUUUCCCGCCUAACCCAUCUCAAGGAACUACGAGUUAG